AUGGUAAACGUUUGUGUCGUGUACGACUGUCACAACCGUUCUUCCCAGGGUGUUGUUAAACGUUCCUUUCAUGCGAUUCCGGCUAUUAUCACAACACAAGGAAAACCAUUAGAUCUGUACAACCAAAGUCAUCCUGACUGGGCACCUUCCCUGAAACUUGGUCUUGCAAGAUCUGGUGAGGAGAAAGCAAACACCUGUUCCCCAACAUCGUUAGAAAGAUAUUCCAGAGCUCUGGAGAGACAACACAAGAGGAUUAAAUACUCUGCAGCAGAGACUUUGCUGGAACUGGCAGAUCCUGUUCUCACUGCAAGCCCAUCAGAUGUGACCAUACCAUGUAGUACUAGUAAAACGUAUACUUUUCGUUUGAUGGGUAAGCUUGACCCAAGAAGUACUGAUCAACAGACAGAAGGACCAAGUGUAGACCAGAUCCGAGAGGACCACCAAAAUCUGACCACUGAAAACUUGGAUUUAAGGAAGAAGUUACAAGAGCAGGACAUCACACCAGAGUCUCUAAAAGACAAGGAUGAGAAGGUGAAAUAUUUCACAGGUCUUCCUGGAUAUUUAAGCCUGAUGGCAUUAUUCAAUUUUUUGGAUCCACACAUCAGUGGCAACGGCAGAAAUAUUUUAACAAACUUUCAGAAAUUGUUUUUGGUGCUGAUGAAGCUUCGACUAGACCUGAGUGUGCAAGAUUUAGCUUACCGAUUUGGUGUAUCUGCAUCAACAGUAUCCAGAACAUUCAACCGUGUUAUACAUAUCAUGUAUGUUAGAAUGAAAGAUCUAAUCAUGUGGCCCGACCGAGAACAGUUGAGAUCUACUAUGCCCAUGGAGUUUAGAAAGAACUUUGGUCUUAAAGUUGCCGUUAUCAUAGAUUGUUUCGAGAUUUUUAUCGAAAGACCGUCAAAUCUUCUUGCUCGUGCUGAAACCUGGUCGAAUUAUAAACAUCAUAAUACCAUCAAGUUUCUUAUUGGUGUUACACCACAAGGAGUUGUGUCAUUCCUGUCACCAGGCUGGGGUGGACGAACCAGUGACAAACAGAUUACUGAAAAUUGUGACUUACUACAACACUUGUUACCAGGUGAUCUAGUUUUAGCAGAUCGUGGUUUUGACAUUGCAGAAAGUGUAGGAUUGAAGUGUGCCGAGGUAAAAAUCCCAGCUUUCACAAAAGGAAAAAAACAGUUGUCAGCCUUGGAAGUAGAACAGACCAGGAAAAUCGCCCAUGUCAGGAUACAUGUAGAACGAGUGAUUGGACUUGUGCGCAAUAAAUACACUAUUCUCAAAGGAACACUACCCAUUGACUAUUUACAAAGUGAUCAUGAAGAAGUGCCAUUAGUGGACAAGAUAGUUACAGUUUGCUGUGCUCUGACAAAUCUAUGUGAUUCUGUUGUACCUUUCAAUUGA